AUGGAUUCCUUUGUUCUGCAUUUCAAAGCGCUAAAAAAACUGAGGGGCAACGACAAAAAAGUGGCUUCUUCGCCAUACCACAGUCAGUUAGCGAAAACCAAACAGAACCUCGCUGGAAGUCAAGACGCGCCCGAUGAUGCUACUUCCGGACAUUUGACCUCUCACCCACGAGGGAAACCAAAGAAACCAAUCUUCUGCUACUUUGGAUCGUCUGCUAACUCGCGGCCCAGCAUCGGCAAGUUCUGGCCUGAGCACAUUGACCCCUUCCUGUGUACCCACCUUGUCUUUGCCUUUGUCGACAUUACUGAGGAUGGGACAGGGCUGAGACCCAACAACUGGAACGACCUGGGGGAGAAAGGUCUGUACGCAAGAACCAUGAAGCUGAAAGAGAAGAACCCCGACCUGAAGAUCCUCUUAGCUGCUGGCGGAUGGAAGAUUGGAUCCAAACCCUUUCUACCGGUGAUCAAGAAUGAGGAGACAUGGAAGACAUGGGUGUCCCAUGUUAUCGUGUACCUUCGCAAAUACAACUUUGAUGGUUUCGACAUGGACUGGGAGUUUCCCACCUGGAGAGGAAGUGGUCCAGAGGACAAACAAAAGUUUACGUUGCUUAUGAAGGAGCUGUACGAGAAGUUUGCUGAAGAAGCCACUUAUUCCGGCAAAGAGAGGUUGUUGCUCACCCUGGCAACGGCUUCCAGUGCCUUCUACGCCGAGAAGUCCUACGAGCAGUACGAGAUUCACAAAUACAUUGAUUAUAUGCUUUUGAUGACGUACAACUUCCAUGGCUCUGGCUGGGAGAAACACACUGGUCACCACAGUCCGCUCCUGCCACACCCACUUGACCCGGAAGGUGAACAGAGGGAAUUAUACAUUUUGUGGGCCGUGAAGUACUGGCUGAACUUCGGAGUUCCCAAAGAGAAAAUCAUCCUUGGACUGUCCACUUACGGUCUUGGGUGGAAACUGACCGACAUCUCGCAAACUGGAGUUAAAGCUGCAGCCAAUGGUGGCUCUUCCAAGGGGAAGUAUACUGAUGAAUCUGGCAUUUUGUCCUUGUAUGAGAUCUGCGAGAAUGUACUCAACGAUGACUGGAAAGUCCAGUGGAUUGAGGAGCAGAAGGUGCCCUAUGCUUACGGAGGCGGCGAGUGGGUUGGGUUUGAUUCUCCAGAUAGCUUUUAUCUCAAGGCUGCGGUAAUAAUGAAAGAAGAUUUGGGCGGUGCCUUUGUGUGGUCAGUGGAGAUGGACGACUUCAACGGUCAUUGCGGCGGCCCCAAAUACCCGCUGUUGCGGACCAUCUAUGAGGUGUUCACCCAGUCCUCGGAUGUGUCCAGCUUUGAUUCUGUGAAAUCUGCCCCGGCCGCCGGACAUCACCACCACCACCACCCCCAGAGUUCAUCGGCGGCUUCCAAGGACGGGCCUGGCGAGUCACAUGGUAGUGGACACACUGUGGAGGAAGCUUCAUCAUCAUCAACAUCGUCCGAUCACCCUGCAGCUGCCUCGUCAGACGACAUUCAGGUAGAAACUGACAAGGACACAGAAUAUUCCAACUACUACCCGUACGAAACGGCCGAUAUUGUUGAUGCUGGUGAGUAG